GAAAUUUCUUCAAACUUCAUUAGCUCUUUGCUGGUAUGCAGCAGAGACACCAACUGAUUAUCUGGAAGCUAAAGCAGGUCUGACACAACUGCAGCAAGAAGGACGUGUUUCUGACAUCUCCCCAUAUCCAGGGGUGUGCAGGAGGCUCCAGGGAGCAGUAGUGUCAUUUACUUCUGGAACAAAAGAGAAGAAUGCACUCAGUUGCACUGCUCUGCAGCCUGUGGAGAGUGUGGGCAGUCUCUGAAUGCAGCAUCCUGGAAAAUGUGCGUUCCCCUGAAGAAGUGAUCUGCUGAAAAGCACGUACUUGUACGGUUGUUCCAGCCUGCCUUGUUGCACUGCUCUCAGGGUCUGAAAUGCCUGGUCUCUGAUACUCCCUGGGAUUUGCAUUUCUUCUGCCAAAGAAACGCUACCUGCCAGAAUUACCCAAGGAGCCCUGAAGAGCAAGGACACUGAACAUGGCUCUGUGUGCUUUUUAUGCACUUUGGGGUUUAUUACUGGAACUGGCAGUAGCAUUUGGGCCAGUGCCGAGGAUCACUUGGGAACACAGAGAGGUCCAGCUAAUACAUUUUCAUGAAUCAGAAGUGUCAAACUAUUCAACCCUGCUGUUAAGUGAAGACAAAGAUGUUCUAUAUGUAGGAGCCAGAGAGGUGAUCUUUGCAUUAAAAGCGGUGAAUAUUGCUGAAAAGCAGCACGAGUUACACUGGAAAGUCACAGAAGAUAAAAGGACUAAAUGCGCAGUCAAGGGCAAAUCAGAACAGACAGAGUGUCGUAAUUACGUGCGUGUCUUGCAACAGCUGAAUGAUACUUUUCUCUAUGUGUGUGGAACUAAUGCGUUUCAGCCCACAUGUGAUUACCUGAACUUAAUUUCAUUUGAACUUGGAGGUAAAAAUGAAGAUGGUAAAGGCAGAUGUCCAUUUGAUCCUGCUCAAAGUUAUACAUCUGUUAUGGUUGAUGAGGAGCUUUAUUCUGGAACAUCUUACAAUUUCUUGGGAAGUGAACCUAUCAUUUCACGGCACUCUUAUCAGAGCCCUCUGAGAACAGAGUAUGCAAUACCUUGGCUUAAUGAGCCCAGUUUUGUUUUUGCUGAUGUGAUAAGAGCAGAUCAAAACAGCACAGAUGGAGAAGAUGACAAGAUAUACUUCUUUUUCACUGAGGUGUCGGUGGAGUAUGAAUUUGUUGGAAAACUGAUGAUUCCAAGAAUAGCUAGAGUGUGCAAGAGGGACCAAGGAGGAUUAAGGACAUUGCAGAAGAAAUGGACUUCCUUUCUCAAGGCCAGAUUGAUUUGUACCAUCCCAGAUAAGAAUUUAAUUUUCAAUAUUAUCAAUGAUGUUUUUAUUCUCAAGUCUCCAACUUUGAAGGAACCAGUGAUAUAUGGAGUCUUUACCCCACAACUGAAUAAUGUGGGGCUGUCAGCAGUAUGUGCAUACAAUCUGUCUACUGUAGAAGAGGUUUUCUCAAAAGGAAAGUACAUGCAGAGCGCUACAGUAGAACAGUCUCACACAAAGUGGGUACGAUACAAUGGAGAAAUUCCUAAUCCACGACCUGGUGCGUGUAUAAACAAUGAAGCCAGAGCAUCAAACUACAUGAGUUCUCUGAAUUUACCAGACAAAACAUUGCAGUUUGUUAAAGAUCAUCCUCUAAUGGAUGACUCAGUGACUCCAAUGGGAGACAGACCUCGACUAGUAAAACGAGAUGUGAAGUAUACCCAGAUUGUAGUAGACAGAGUCAGAGCACUCAAUGGCACCAUAUAUGAUGUCAUGUUCAUCAGUACAGAUCGAGGAGCCCUGCACAAAGCUAUCAGUUAUGAAAAUGGAAUGCAUAUUAUUGAAGAAACACAGCUUUUUCCAAACUUUGAGCCAGUCCAAAGUCUCUUGCUUUCAUCCAAAAAAGGCAGAAGAUACCUCUAUGCUGGUUCAAAUUCUGGUGUGGUUCAGUCUCCGGUGGCAUUCUGUGACAAGUAUACCACUUGCGUUGACUGUGUUCUGGCAAGAGAUCCUUACUGUGCUUGGAAAUCACUUGAAGCUUCCUGCAUUGAUAUUUUUAAAGAAAGUGAAAUUGAAAGGAACUGGAUUCAGAACAUAGGUGGAGAUGCUUCUUCGUGUUCUGAUAAAGUAAGAGAGAAUUCCCUACAGCAUACAUUCAAGCAUGGGAGCACAGCAGAACUCAAAUGUUCUCAAAAGUCCAAUCUGGCACAGGUAGUUUGGAAGUUCAAAGAUGAUGUGCUGAGAGUGGAGAGUCCCAAGUACCGUCUCCUGGAAAAGGCACUGCUCAUCUUCAAUUUAUCAGAAGGAGACAGUGGUGUUUACCAGUGUUUGUCAGAAGAAAAAGUAAAGAAUAAGAAGUUUUCUCAAGUGCUGGCUAAGCAUGUUUUGGAACUGAAAAAGAUACAGCAUACCACGGUGGGCCCCACCACAGCAGCUGCACCAACAGAAGCCUCAUCUCCUAUACCUUUCCCUCCUACUGGUACCUCCUUUUUGUCCUGUGUGGGAAGUGAUUCACCUCCUUCACUCACCAGUACCCAGCCUGAUGUUUGGUCUAGCACAGACCCUGUAAAGGUCAUGUUGUUGCCACCUUUCCUAAGUGACCAGGCACAGCAUGUUAGUGUCCGGGGACCCUUUCGCCUCUUCUGCCAAGCCACAGGUCCGGAUGCCUCCUAUUUUGUCUGGAAGAAGAACAGACAGAAGAUGAAUGCAUGCAUCACUGAGCAAUCUCAUGUGCUGUUUGAUGGCAGAGUGCAUGUUCUGAGUUGGGUGAAAGAUUCAGUAUCAGAAAAUACAGAAUAUCAAUGUUCAUUCACCUCAAAAAUUGGGAAUGCAACGUCAGAAGUGCUCAUCACAGUAGAAGAUAAAGAUAAUGCUGGUCAGGAUGGAUGGACCAAAGAAUUCCAUACCUGGAGAAAUGCCAUCAGUGAACAUGACAAGAUGAUGCAAAACUGGAAGAAAACAUGGGUAAGAAUUUUUGGAAAGAAUAUAUUUUACAGUGCUUUCUACAUGACACACUACAGUCCCUAUUUUAUAAAUAGCCUAAAAUGCUUCUGUAACUGCAUAUAUUUAUAUAACAAAGUCAUUAGUGUUCCUGUAUAUGCCAUCAUUCUUGACUACCUUCAGCAGUAAAAUUUGCUCGAUCUAUGAUGUGUGUUACAGUUAUGUCAGCUUGUUCCUUCAGUCCACUAACCAAGUGCUAAUCAGGCAGUAGUUCUCAUGCUGCCCAAAACAGUAAGUCUGUGUAUACUGAAUAUAGUAGAUUUAAUCACAUCUGUAGACUAAUUGUGUUGCAGACUACUGGACUUCAUAAAUGGUAGUGUUCAUCAAAGCUGGCAUUCCUUUUAAAAAAAUAGUCCAUACUUAGCUUUUAAUGUAAUUCUCCAAAAGUUAGAACAUAAGAUUACUUCUGAUAACUUCUAGAUACAACAUAUGCUUCUUGCAUGUGAAACAGUUAGUACAAGCAACCUUAAAACACUAUUUUAAUUUUUAAACCAAUAUUAACACAUUAUUCUGAACUUUCUCCUCUUUAGGAGAGCUGCAACAAGAAAAACAGCCUCUAGUGGACAAAGAAACAACGAGGCUUGAAGGAGAAAUGUAUGCAGGUUAGAUUACUUUUAAUAGCACAGCACUCAGUUAUUUGUGAGUGCUAGUGCUGCCAUUAAAACUGAUAGUCAGGACCACCUGAAGCUUGAGGUGGAAGAGGAUAUCCUUACUGCAUUGAAGAAUGACUAAGUUACAUCCUACAAGAGAGGCCACCCAUCCCAUCUCUGUUUUUUUGAUGCCAGUUAUUUCAGCUUAAUGAAGAACAAAAGUGGUCUCAGCAAGACUUGCACUGUUCAGGCAGUAUAUUGAUGUACAGCUUCUGUUUUGAGUUCAUUAAGAAAACCAGUUUAUUUGGGGCUUGAGGAUCUUGGCAGAUGAUUUAGAGAUUAAUAAGAAGGUGUGGAUCACAUUUAUUUAAAAACACUUUAACUUGCCCAUUUAUUUUCUUUUAAUAUGUUUACCCUUAUACUUUGUUCCUAGUGUUUUGAAGAACAUUCCUUUCUGGUGUCAGCAAGUUCAUUUCUUCAAACACAUUUCCUCUGGUAAUAAAGUUUCUGUACAAAAUAAAGAACUACUGAGUAAUGCUCAAAAUACAGAUAAAUAGAUUACAAAGCACGCAAGUUAAAGCAGACUCUUUAGUUUUUGCAAAUUAUUCUUCUAUUUGAGAUAACUGGUCGAAUUUUUUAAAGCUAUGUUGAAGGAAUUCUAAGACUGUUCCUACGGAACAACUGCAGAUUGAAAAUGUGAGGACCUACUUAAUCCACAGUGAAAAUGUUUUACUGCAUUGCUGUUCAGAGUUCUGUCCUCCUGCAUCUAAUAAAUGAAAGUCUGAGGCAUAAUUAAAGUUUUCUGUCUUAUUCUCUCAAUGGUUUUCAACUUGGAAGCAAGAAAGCAGGAUGCCACCUAAGAGUCACUAUAGCUUGAGUCCAUGGGGACAGCUGCUCCUAGCAAUAGCAGAAAGCUGCAUACUUAUCCCUGAGUUAUCCCCUAACUGGUUAAGAUUUAAGUUAGAUUUGUUUCUUCCAUUGAAAAAAGCAUUCUUCUUAUUCUAAAACUUUCCUGAAUGACCCUUUUUUUUUUUUUUCCCAAUACCAGACCACCCUGUAGUCACACAUGUAGGGUAAAAAUUCUUACACAGUUUUCCCUAUUUUUCACAUUGGCAAUCAUAAAUUAAUACUGAUACAAACUUCUGACACCAAAGUUCAGAGAGAAUUUUCUUCCCCAUUGUGCUUCUCUCAGGGCAUCCUUUAUGGCUAAAGGACAACUAUAAAAACACUUUUCUUGAAUUGUCCCUCCUCUAUUUGUUCUGUAGAUCUGGAGCAGAUAUAAGUUUAGUUCAGUGGUACUGAGUGGGAAGGUAAGGCUUUUGUAAGACUGAGGCCAGAGUUUUUGUUUAGCUCAACUUCUUUGUGAAAAAACAUCUGUGUAACAGAAUUAGUGAAUACAGCUGUGACCCUGUACAGGGAAUUUUUUUGCUACAUUCUAAGAACAGUAAAUAACUCCCCAAGAUUUUGAACAACCUAUAAUGUUUUCAAAGUAACUUUUCAUGCUUUUCUGCAGUAAGACAAAACAGAAAAUAUGGCCCAAAAAACCAGCUGUUAACGUGAUCUUCACAAACUGGUCCCCAGUUUAGCAGUUCAGGUUUAGCAGUUUCAGAGUUUUAGAUGUGUAUCAAAGUCGCACAAGUCCAAAUAAAUUGCAACUUACCUCUAGAUCAAGGCUAUCAGCUAACCAAAACCAUCUUUAAUCACUGAUAUCUUGCACCCUCAAUUUCCAUUUAAGAUUAGAAGAAACUAAUACAAAAAUAUCGUGACCACUGUACAUUUCAGCUCAAGGCUGGCAUCCCUUACCAAUGUUUUUCCUCAAAACUGACAUUUCAAAUAUCGUUAAAUGCCCAACAGACAAAUUUACUUAGAUCACAACCAUACUUUACAGAAUCAGUAUAUUGUAACAGAUCUUAUACAAUUUACAUUCUACAAAAUAAUUUUGAAAUUCAAACAAUUUAAAGUUUUUAUAUCACUUCUAACUUCACAAGGCAGCUCCUUUCCAAUGUAUUGCACUACUACUUCAAUGUGAUGAAGCAUGCACUUACACUUCAGAGAUGCUGGUAGCAGCACAUGGCAUCUAUAUCAUCUUUCAGAACAGAUGACCGAAGUUCACAUGUGCAUUCUCCAAUUACUUUCUUUAGGCUUACUCUCCUAUGUCUUCAAACUUGUAAACAAUGAUAUUUAUAUAGGACAGUCCCACUAAGGUGCUCCACCACCAUUAUGAGGACAUUUUGAUUUUAAAAUUUUAUUUCCUGUUAGAUAAAAAUUUUCCCUGACUGAUAAAAACUGAGAUCAAUCAAAACCCAUUACAUAUACAUAGUGACACAACCCCAAACUGAAGGAAUGAAGAGUCUGUCAGCAUGAAGAUGGUUACAGAUAGGAUAGCAGGCUGGCACCUCUGCUGUCCUUCAAUAUCUUCUAACUUCAAAGCAGGACCUAUAAUAAACUCAUCUCAGUAGCAACAGAAUGAUCAUCAUUAUACAAUUCAUCAGCUUUAUAACAUUUCUAAAGAGAGCAUUUUCACAUCAGGAAUUUCAGACCUUUGUAGUCCAUGCUCUCUCUUUCACAUCUGUAUCAUCCCCAAAGUAUCAAACAGAAGAGCUAACUGGGAUCUUUGUCGUCAUGGUCUUCCUUAAAAUAGUUUCAAUCAAGUUGCCUGCCCAAAAUUAGUUUCUUGCUGACUGGAAGAAAGCGACAUUGAUGCCAGCCUGCCCAUCUAAGCAGGUUUAUUGAGAAGAAAAAAAGAUAAAAACCUCCACAAUCAAAAACCAGUCUAAAUUUUUUUAAAAGAAG